CCACAGAUGCUGUUGCCCAAAUAUUCCAAACACAACCAAUUACCCUUCCCAUAUUUUUUUUAUAAUCCCAAAACCGCCGUUGGGCGUAUAUUUUCUCCCUGCCCUUAGCCAAUCACCCACCAGGGAAAAAAAUAAAAAAUAAAAAAGCUUUGAAAUUUUUUAUUAUAGUGAAAACAGCCGAACCAUAUAUGUAUAUAUAUCCAUUUUUUUGCCUUUAAGUACAACAACACACACGAAGAUAUUGCAAGGAAAGGAAAGAAACCCUUUUUACCUUCUCUCUCUCUCCCUGUCUCUCUCUCCAAACCUUGUUUUUCACUCUUCUAUUCCAUAUUUCCACCCACCACCACUCUUAAAAGGUAACUCCUCUCUCUUUCGAGGUGGUGUUGUGGUGGUGGUGGUGGUAGAGGAAAUCAAUAAGAGAGCGAGAGGAAGAGGAAGAGCUAGCUAAGCUUGAUUGUUGUAACACCCCCCCGCCCUCCGCCCUCCGCCCUCUCCCUGUAAAAUUCGAUGAAAACCUCCACAAGAUUUCAAGAAACCAAAAACCCAUCUCCUAUAAACUCUCCUCGUAGCAAUGGAAGCAACAAUGGGGUCCAGAUUCACGCCCCACCACUCACUCCAAUACCCAUCUCCAGAUCUGACACUAACCCUUACCCAACAACCUUUGUCCAGGCAGACACUUCUACUUUCAAACAAGUUGUCCAAAUGCUCACUGGCUCAACAGAAACAGCAAAGCAGGCCUCCUCAAAAACAACCCAAGAUCCGCCAACAACACCAACUCAAACUUCAAGGAGCUACAACAUCCCUCCUAUCAAGAACAUGCCCAAGAGACAACAAAACAGCUUUAAACUUUAUGAAAGAAGAAACAACAGCUUCAAAAACAGUCUCAUGAUCAACACUUUAUUGCCUAGUUUUGCAAAUAACUGUAACUCUUCAUCGGUUACUGGGUUUUCACCAAGAAACAAGCCGGAGAUCUUGUCCCCAAGCUUGCUUGACUUCCCUAGACUUACCCUUAGCCCUGUGACUCCACUAAAUGAAGACCCUUUUAACAAGAGCUCACCUUCUUUAGGGAAUUCAUCAGAAGAGGAGAGAGCGAUAGCAGAGAAAGGUUUUUACUUGCAUCCAUCACCUAUAUCUACUCCAAGAGACUCAGAGCCUCAGUUGUUGUCACUUUUUCCUGUAACCUCACCAAGAGUUUCAGGUUCUUCUUCUUGAAUAUUAUUCAAGUCAAAAGGAUUGAUGAUGGUUUAUGGAUGGUUUUGAGGGAGAGUUUCUUUGGUGGUUUUUCUGAUAAUUGGGGACUAUAUAUUACCAUUAGGAGACCUGUUAUUAUGGGGGGGAAGCACAAGAAAGGUUAGAAAAAAUAAAUAAAGAGAAGAGAAAGUGUGGACUUUGAUAUAAUGAUGAUGACUGAAAAAGAAGGAAAAGAGAGGGAGUAUGAGCAUAACAACAAAAGAAAAGCAGAGAACAUGUGUCUGUAUAAACUCUCUCUUGUAUUUCACUUUGUCAUCCAUUGUGUCUGUAUGGACUAGAUAGGGCAUUAUUUGACAAAGAACUUCCCUGAUCUUUCUGUUCUA